UUGUGACAACAUGUUGCUUUGCUAAAACCACACACAUAAAGGAAACCACUAACAUACCUACAUCCUAACCAUCUCUUGACAUCCUUUAAUUAAUAUAAAGAAGCUCAUCAAUUAAUCACCAUUGCAUUCAUUUUUUAUGACACAUUACUAGGUUCUAAAAAAUGGGACAAGAGACAAGCCCUUCAUUAGAAUGCAACAUGGGAAGUUUGGUGCUAUUGAUGUUAAUGUUUGUUUCAUGGAUGCUAGUACAUAGAUGGAGUCAGAGGAACAAUAAAGGCCCCAAGACUUGGCCUUUUCUUGGGUCUGUGAUUGAAUUGUUGAUGAACUAUGAUAGGAUGCAUGAUUGGCUUGUUCAAUAUUUGGCCAAGUCAAAAACUGUUGUGGUUCAAAUGCCAUUUACAACCCAUACUUACAUUGCUGAUCCUGUUAAUGUGGAACAUGUGCUCAAGACCAAUUUCAAUAACUAUCCAAAGGGUGAAGUGUAUCAUUCUUAUAUGGAGGUAUUGCUUGGAGAUGGGAUAUUUAAUGUUGAUGGUGAACUUUGGAGGAAACAGAGAAAGACAGCAAGCUUAGAGUUUGCAUCAAGAAAUUUGAGGGAUUUCAGUACAAAAGUUUUCAGAGAGUAUGCUUUAAAAUUAUCUACCAUUCUCUCCCAAGCUUCUUUCCUCAACAAAGAAAUAGAUAUGCAGGAGUUGUUGAUGAGAAUGACUUUAGACUCAAUAUGUAAGGUUGGAUUUGGAGUGGAAAUUGGAACCUUGGCUCCUAAUUUACCAGAAAAUUCUUUUGCUCAAGCCUUUGACACUGCAAACACCAUUGUCACACUUCGCUUCAUCGAUCCGCUAUGGCGAAUCAAGAAGUUUCUAAACAUUGGUUCAGAAGCACAACUUGAAAGAAGCAUGAAAGCCAUUGAUGAUUUCACUUACAAUGUCAUUCGGAGAAGGAAAGCAGAGAUAGAGCUUGCUAAAAACAAUGGACAACAAAGUAAGAUAAAGCAUGAUAUAUUAUCAAGAUUUAUAGAGCUAGGGGGAAAUAAUGCAACAGACAAGAGUCUAAGAGAUGUUGUGUUGAACUUUGUGAUCGCCGGCCGAGACACGACGGCGACAACUCUGUCGUGGGCGAUAUACAUGGUGAUGACACAUGCUCAUGUUGCUGACAAACUUUACUUGGAGCUCAAGACAUUUGAGGAGAACAGAGCAAAAGAUGAAGGUGUUACUCUGAAUCAAUGUGACAUUGGAGACUCUGAAUCAUUCAAUCAAAGAGUGGAGCAAUUUUCAAAGUUUUUGAAUAAAGAUUCAUUAGAGAGAUUGCAUUAUUUGCAUGCAGUCAUUACAGAGACACUAAGGUUGUAUCCAGCAGUUCCUCAGGAUCCUAAGGGAGUGUUAGAGGAUGAUGUGUUACCAGAUGGAACAAAAAUAAAAGCAGGGGGAAUGGUAACAUAUGUUCCAUACUCUAUGGGAAGAAUGGAAUAUAAUUGGGGACCUGAUGCACCUUCAUUCAUUCCUGAAAGAUGGUUCAAAGAUGGUGUUCUCCAAAAUGAAUCUCCAUUCAAAUUCACUGCUUUUCAGGGAGGGCCAAGGAUAUGCCUUGGGAAGGACUCAGCAUACCUACAAAUGAGGAUGGUGAUGGCUAUUUUGUGCAGAUUUUAUAAGUUUAAUUUGGUGGCUGGUCACCAAGUUAAUUAUAGAAUGAUGACUAUUUUGUCAAUGGCACAUGGCUUGAAGCUAACCAUACAAAGGCGCCUUUGA